AUGACGUCCCGCCCGCAGCAUCACUCGUCGGCCACCGAGGGCCCGCGCGACAAGUCGUACUUUGAGCAGCAGCGCGAGGCCCUCGUAGGCGAAAUCGCCCUGAGCUUCGAGCAUGUCCUUGCCAACAUCAACAAGCUGAACCGAUCGCUCGAAGCCGUCGUCGCCGUCGGCAACGAAUUCUCCUCCGUCGAGGCUCUGUGGUCGCAGUUUGAAAACGUCAUGGCCAAGGACGACGAGGCGGCCAACAAGAGCGAGCAGCAGCAAGAUGGCGGGGGCGACAAACGCGACGACGAGCCCUAG